CACAGAAAGUAUAUACGCGUGAAUAUAUAGACAUAUAGUUGUAACGACAGUCAUAGAUGUACAUAUAUAUUUAUACAAAAUAUAUAUACACAUAAAGAUAUAAAUAAAGCUAUAUACGAGUGUGUAUAUGCGUAUAUAUGUAUAUAUACAUGCAUAUUUGCAAUGCAGGACCAGAUCUGAUCAUUUGGACAGUAAGCAGACAACAUCUACAACUCUAAUUUCUGCAGACGAUCUUUUUUUCCGAACAUACAAGCAGUUACAUUUAUUGAAAAAUAUAUAUAUAUAUACAUAUAUAGAACAAAGAAAAACUUAAACACUUUUUUAAAGAACUGCAUAUUUUCAUAUUUAUUUAAUAACUUUCUUCUCCUUCACUUCCAUCCUUGUCUCCACUUAGUUCUACUUUUCCUUUGUUUUAUUCCACAUCAUCUACCUAUCUAGCUAUCUCUCUACCCACUCUAUUUAUCUUUCUGUUUAUUUGUCUGUCUGUCUAUUUAACCAACACACACAUAUAUCUACGCGCACACACACUCCAAUUUCCUUUCUUUCUAGCAUUCCUUCUUUCUUUCUUUUCGUCUUUUUUCUUCUUCCCUCAUGUAUGCAAUUAGAGUAUCAAGCUCAAGGCGAAUAAGCUGUUUUUUACAAGUAUUCUUGUUAUUUUCCGGACUUUUGAACUCUUUGCAAUGGGGUGCGUUUGCCAGUUAUCUACCCAAGCAAUUGGAACCACAGCAGAACUAUCAGUUGGACAGUAAUAACGUCAACAGUGGUAGGUACCCAGGCCAUGAAGAAAUUAUGGAAUUUUUACGGAAACUGGGUCUCCUGGCCAACACUAUCGAAAGUACAGCUUCAAUUGACGACACCGACUCAGAAUCUGCUGAAAGAAUGAAAAAAGUUAACCCCUACAGUUUCCAAGGUACCAGAGGCAAAAGAUUAAACGCAAACAGUUUCAUGGGUUCCCGAGGUAAAAGAGUCCUCGUUAAUGACAAACGGACUGUCAGUGCUAACGCUUUCGUCGGAUCGAGGGGUAAACGUUUGGUUACCUUAUUCGGUGAAAAGCCCCAACUAAACGAUCUUACGGGAGUCAUUGACAAAAAAUCAGGUGCUUUAGCAUUCGUCCCAACAAGAGGCAGAAGACAAUCAACCAAUGACGAACUUGCUUACAUGGGUCCGAUGUUAUUGAGAGAAGGCCGAGGAAUGAAUUCGUUAUCGUUUGGUCCCCCAAAAGGCAAAAAAUACAGUCCACUUGACUUCAUUGGAUCGCGUGGCAAGAAAAGUACUCUUGAAGAUUAUGUGUUAAAUAACCAAAACGAUUCACCAAAGGAGAACUACGAAAGGCGGGCGUCUUUACACAACACAUUCAUACCUUCGCGAGGUAAGCGAUCGACAUAAAGAGACCCGAGAAACCAAUCAAAAUACUUGAGCUUGAGUGACAAUAAACGACACUGAACCAUUACAUUCCUCCCAACUACCACUACCACUACCACUCACAUCACUAUUACCACCACUGAUUUACCAAUUAACCAACAAACUAAUCAACCGUGAUUGCUGCCAUCUUGCAAAUUGUCCAGUGGUUACGACCAGAUACAAUGAGAUUCGAAGAGAUUCGACAAGAUAUAGUCUGCUUUAAAAACGCUUCGCGUAUUAACUGUUUGACGUAAUAAUCUCAUGUUACACAAAAACUUGUGCGUGUAAUUUACAGAAUGUUUUUGUCGUUAUUUUUUUUAAUUAUAAUUUUCCAGUGUUUUCCAUAAUGGAUCCUGCGAUUAAUUUAGGUUGUAUGACAAUAAAUAAAAAAACUGUUUUCUUUUGAAAUAAAUCAUUCGAUAAGGAAUCAUGAAAUAA